AUUAUCAUACAGCAUGUAUCCACGCAUGCAAACACAAGCACCUUUAAAAAGGUGGUGUUUAUAAAUCAGGCUUUUUUUCCCAUCUGGGUUCAGUCAGCUGUCAUCCCCACAGCUCGGCCUGUGCCUGCAUAAGUUGUGUGUGGAGCACGGGGAGCUGAUGAAGGACCAGGAGCAGCAAGCGUAUUGGCAGGAGACGGGUCGAUGGGCUGGCUACGAGGAGAGCUUGGACCCCCAGUCGGGGGUGUGGGCGUCCUCGCACAUCUCCUACCUCACCUUCAAGAGCCUUAUCCAUCUGCGACGCACCAUGAACACAGGUGUGGCAAUUUUUGACUGUGAGGAGAAGACUUUAGACACCAUUGCUGAGAGGAUGGUUGGUGAGAUGAUUAACAAGAAGGAGAUCAGGUCGGAUGACCGGGAAGGAGUGCUGAAAUGUCUGCUCCAGAACCGCAGUCAGUCAUCUGAUCCAGAGAGCCAAAUGCUGAAUGAAGCGACAAAGCUGCACAAGUUCUCAGUCAAGGAAAGAGUGGAAGAAAGCGACCGUGUUGAUGCCUCAAUGGUGCUAGUAGGAGCCUUGGACUUUUUGGAGAAGCCCACGGUUGUUUUUGUGCGCCUGAAAGAAGCAGUGGUGUUUGAUUCAGGCCUGGAGGUCCCUCUGCCCGUGCGCUUUGUCUUUGUGCUCGUUGGACCCACCAACUCUGACGUGGACUACCACGAGUCCGGCCGUGCUAUGGCAGCACUGAUGGCUGAUAAAGUCUUUAAUCAGGCCGCAAUUCAAGCAAAAACCACCAGAGAACUAACUGACAGCUUGGUGGACUUCAUGGACUGCAGCAUCGUCAUUCCGCCCACCGAAAUCCAAAACGUGGCAAUGCUCAGUCCCAUAAUCAGCUUUCAGAAGAAACUACUACAGGGCAGAAAGCAGACAUCGGACCUCAUGCUCCGCCGAGACUCCAAGCCUCGCAGUGGUGUGUGCCACAAAACUUCCAUCGCUAGCAGUUCUCUUCAAGAAGAUCCCCUUUCUCGAACUGGUCGGCCGUUUGGUGGGAUGAUGCGAGAUAUACGCAGACGCUACCAGUACUAUAAGAGGGACAUCACAGAUGCCCUGAACUCGCAGGUUCUUGCUGCCAUCAUCUUCAUCUAUUUUGCUGCCCUCUCUCCAGCCAUAACCUUUGGAGGCCUUCUAGCGGACAAGGUGGAAAAUAUGAUGGGAGUUCCAGAGCUCCUCAUAUCCACCAGCAUUCAGGGAAUCAUUUUUUGUUUUGUCGCUGCUCAGCCCAUCCUGGUUAUUGGUUUCUCGGGACCUCUUUUAGUGUUUGAGGAGGCCUUUUUUGCCUUCUGCAAGUCUCAGGACAUUGAGUAUAUUGUCGGGAGGGUGUGGGUCGGAGUGUGGCUGGUCAUCAUUGUGGUGGUCAUUGUGGCCUUUGAAGGCAGCUUCCUGGUGCGCUUCAUCUCACGUUUCACCCAAGAAAUCUUCUCCAUCCUCAUCUCCAUAAUAUUCAUCUAUGAAACUUUUGCCAAGCUCGGGAGGAUCUUCAAGGCCCAUCCACUGGCUCUAAAUUAUGUUCAACUAAAUGCAUCCCUUGAAAAUCCUUGGUACCAAAAAGUGGAAGAGAAGGCCAUGUAUGACAACGCCACAGGCAACAUUACUAUUCUUGUCAACACUAUAAAGCCAUCUUACCCAAACACAGCCCUGCUCUCCAUGUGCCUCAUGCUCGGCUGCUUCUUUAUCGCCUACUUUUUGCGCCAGUUCAAGAAUGGGACAUUCCUUCCUGGAAACGUUAGACGCUUGCUUGGUGACUUUGGCGUGCCUAUUGCUAUUUUCCUCAUGGUUGUUGUGGACUACAACAUUGAGGAUACCUAUACUCAGAAACUGGUUGUUCCCAAAGGCCUCAUGGUAUCCAACCCAGAAAAGAGAGGCUGGCUCAUCAACCCAUUUGGAGAGCACAAAACUUUCCCCGUCUGGUUGAUGUUUGCAUCCUGCAUCCCAGCCUUGCUUGUCUUCAUUCUUAUAUUUUUGGAAUCACAGAUCACGACUCUGAUCAUCAGCAAACCUGAGAGGAAGAUGGUGAAAGGAUCCGGGUUCCAUUUUGACUUGUUGGUUUUAGUCGGGAUGGGAGGGCUCAGUGCAAUAUUUGGGGUGCCGUGGCUCAGCGCUGCCACAGUGCGAUCCGUCACCCACGCCAACGCUCUCACUGUCAUGAGCAAAGGACCAAAACCUGUGAUAGAGAAAGUGAUGGAGCAGAGGGUCAGUGGCAUCGUGGUGGCCUUGCUUGUUGGUCUGUCAAUUCUGAUGGAGCCCAUCCUCAAGUUGAUUCCAAUGUCAGCCUUGUUCGGGAUCUUCCUCUACAUGGGCGUAACAUCGCUAAAUGGUAUUCAGCUCUGGGAUCGAAUGCUUCUUCUUCUCAUUCCCAAGAAAUACCACCCUGAUGAACCCUAUGCCACCAGGGUGAGCACGGGGCGGAUGCACUUGUUUACGGCCAUCCAGAUAGUAUGUCUCGCCGUUUUGUGGAUGGUGAAGUCCAGUCCAAUAUCACUCGCACUACCCUUCAUCCUCAUCCUCACCAUCCCUCUACGCAUGGUAAUGACAGGAAGUCUCUUCACUGAAAUGGAGAUGAAAUGUCUGGAUGCUGACGAUGCCAAAGUGACAUUUGAGGAGGAGCCAGGGCAGGACGUAUACUGUGAAAGUCAGAUGCCAUUGUAGACAUCCUCCUUAGCAGUUGCUGACACUUGCUGAAUGUGUUUGUCUUUCUUAAGUCUGAAAUAAUGUUCAAGUUACAGACAAGCAAAAGCUUUUUCAAUGUCUUAUUUUUAUUUUUCAUUGUGAAAAAUGCAAAAACAGAAUCUUUCUAUUGAAAGUAACAGCUAGUGUGAAUAUCUUGUAGAAAGUUGUCUGGAUAUAAAUAUUCCUGGAAAUUUCUCAACUUACCAGGUAAAUCUUUUGCAUAGCUGAUGCUGGACUUUAUCUGACACAUGCAUUUUAACCGCAAAAAACAAAGAACGGAUGCAUAGAAAAUACCAAUGCUUUAAGAGGGGAGAUUCGUAUUUGAAAAGCACUUCAGAGAUGAAAAGGACAGUGAAAAACAAUCAAAUAAAAAUGAAAGGCAUCAGCUCUAUUUUCUCAUGUAAUCACAAGAUUUAUGUUUUGUGUAAAGUCCAUCAAAGUUAUUGUUCUAUUGAGGCAGUUGAUGUGGCCGUCAAAUUCUGAAUAAAGAAUUAAAUUAUUUAUAAGCUGUAUUCUGUAUAAUCUUUUAUUUAAAUGUCAGAAUGUCCUUUUUUGUAUUUGUGCAUUUCAUACU